AUGACUGCAUCCAGAAAUGGCAGAUUUAUGUCAACAGACUCUAAUAAAACCGAUGAGCGCUUCAAAGUUGAGGAAGCAGAGACAGUUAAUAUGGCCCCACCUCCAACAGAGAAGUUGCUUGUGCUGGGUGGAAAUGGAUUUGUUGGCUCACAUGUUUGCAAAGAAGCUUUAGAUCGAGGUUUGUCUGUUGCUAGCCUUAGCAGAUCUGGUAGGUCGUCCAUACAAGAAUCUUGGGCCGGGAGCAUGGCUUGGCAUCAAGGAAAUUUGCUUUCAGAUAAUUCAUGGAAGGAAGCAUUCAAAGGAGUUUCUUCUGUUAUACUGGUUCAUAAUUCUUACUUUUUAAUUCGAUGUCCACCACUGCAGAUUUCUUGUGUUGGUGGUUUUGGCUCUACCUCAUACAUGUAUAAGAUCAAUGGAACUGCCAACAUUAAUGCAAUUAGAGCUGCUGCAGAACAAGGAGUAAAAAGAUUUGUUUACAUCUCAGCUGCUGACUUUGGUGUGGCAAAUUACCUUCUUCAAGGAUACUACGAGGGCAAGAGAGCUGCUGAAACAGAGCUACUAACCAAGUAUCCAUAUGGAGGAAUAAUUUUGAGGCCUGGAUUUAUUCAUGGAACUCGUCGUGUGGGUAGCAUGAAGUUGCCUUUAAGCGUAAUUGGUUCUCCAUUGGAGAUGGUAAAUUAUGUACUUCGCAGGUUCUCCAACAUGCAAACCACUGACUCAGGUCCCUCUUGUUGGCCCACUAUUCACACUCCUGUAAAAGUUACUGCAGUGGCAAAGGUUGCAGUUAGAGCAGCAACCGAUCCCGUUUUUCCUCCGGGCAUCAUAGACGUCUAUGGA